AUGUUAGAAUUUACUAAAUUGAACGUGGGCUAUUUACACUUUGUUUGCCCUCCUAAAUUUUACAUAACCGUUCUCCUGGGUAUUAAAGUUGUCGCAAGAGAAAUUGAGGACCAUUAGCCCGCAAAGUUUUUUUCAAGGUCGUGGGUGGGGCGACGGUGGGGGACAAACAAGGCGCAUUAUGGGAACUGCGCAAGUGGCGGAUGUAGGCGGAUGAGAACAAAAGCAUUUCUUUUAGCUGUAAUAAUUAAAAUAAUUUUUGCUUUGUCCACCAACAUGGCUUCCUUUUCACGUGGUUGUACCUCAGGUGGUCACGUGAUUGUAACCCCUUAAGAGUGAUCAUCAUCAAAGUUCCCCCUGUAGUAUCAAUGCUUCAUAAAACAAAUGGGUGAAGAGAAUUAGGAACAUGAUCACACACGACACAAGAUGAAUCUGGUUGAUACUUUAACAACUUCUCCCCACUACCUCCACAAGAAACGUAUAGAGACAACAAAGGAGCGUUUAAAUAUUUAUAUAUUAGGGUUUAAAAAGUUAACUGUUAACCGAGGCCUUCUAAUUCUCGUAGAAAAGGGAAGACGAGGGACCCUGGGGACGAAGCUAUCUCAAAGAAGGAUAAAAGUUAUGGCGGGGGAGGGGAGGGGGGAGGGGAGAGGGGGUACAGCGUGAAUUAUAUGAGUUAGCGAUUACACUCCACAGUUAGGUGAGUCAUUCCAGAUCAAAAUUCAGCUCGAAGAACACACCAUUAAAAUUUCGCUGCUUGAUUUGAGUGCAAGGCGAAAAAUCUGAAGAUCAUUCUUCUUACAGCCUUACUCAGACACCCUGUAACGUGCGGUGUGAGCUUUUACUGCAUUAACAAAGUAAAUUGUGGCUUAAAACUUUGUCAAUGGUGUGGUCUAUAAACAGGAGGCGAAUGGCAGGAAUUUGAAAAACUAGUGAAGCGCAAAAAGUUAAGUUUGAUAUUCAAGUAGAUCUCAAGUUAUCUCUAAUUCUUUCAGGUAUAUAUAUUUGUCUUACGAGUUCAUCUGUACAGUUCAAUGGGAGCACAACAAAGCAUAUACAAUCUUUCUGAGCGUGACAUGCUUUGCGUUACCUCUGAUUGUGACAAUCGUUUCCUAUGCCAGCGUCAUGAAAGUUGCUUGUCACCAGGCACAUGAGACACUCCCGAUCACCGUUGGUGAAAUCGAGGUUGCACUACAAGUGACACCACAUUACAGCCCCAGUAUCCCGGAUGUUAGGACAACACGGAAACCGAUAAGGCAAACCGACUGUUUUCCAGACAAUAUCGUUAAAGGAGAAACGACAGCCCCCAUAAGUUCAAAUGGCACCUCUUUAAAAUACUAUUUGAAUGAUCUAAAAUUAACAAAAGACAAAGUAAUGUUAGCAGAAAAUCCCAUUAAGUUGGACGCAAGCACAACUCCACGAAGUGAGGUGAGAUUGGAUUUUUCUGAAAAAGAAGCAAAAGUUGCUUUUUCAAACCGCGCAAUGUCCAAGAAAAUGUCCUUUAUCGAUCUGGUUAAAAGAAAGAAAAGAAAGAAUUCUAUUGUUCCCGGAAAUUCUCUUCAAAAAACACGCAAUAAUUCCACAAUAUCCCGUGUUAAUCCCGAAAUAUUCCGUGAAGAUCCCAAUCUUUAUCGCCUCCGAAGCGUUUGGACAAGCGAGGAAUUGUGUGGACAUGAGCUGGGAAUCACAUCAGAGGAAAAUGGAGAACAUGGCACGAGACAUAACCAAACGUCGCUCGGAGACUUAGCACGCCUGCGCGAAUGGAUGGCCGUCAAGAUGAAGAGCAAAGAGAAAUCUGAAGCUGUUUUACAGCGAAGGUGAGCUGUUAAUCCAUUUUCAUAUUAAAAAUUGCUACUGAAUACAAAAGCUGAUAGUGACAUAUUGUGAUACAGGGUAAUUAGCCUUAAUCCCAGAGAGAUACCAAAAGCCUUUUAAAAACUCCUACCUCUAUACCACGGACUUUGCCGUAUUGUGGAAAUAUAAAUUCUGUCAAAGCCCGCUAUUAUUAGGACUUUUUCUCAGCGACUGAUUGCGAUUUGGCCACAGAUGCGCAUAUUUGUUACGUUUGAACAAGUUUUACUUUAGUCUGACCACUGUAUCAUCAUAUAGAAGAAAAUAAAACCUCGUAGAAAGGCUUUAUAUUAGGAAACUCAAAGAAAUCAGUGAUUAAAGGUUGUGGUCUCGGCGUGACAGUUUGCAAGUGUAUCAAGUGUUUGCAAGUUCAAGCGUAUCUGUUGCUGAGAGUCUGAAAACAAUGGCCAAAGUUCUAACUUACUCUUUUAUAUGACCGCUCUGACUGUUUCACUCUACGACCCUUCAUCCGCCAAUUAUCGCAUUCUUAAUAUGUAUUUUAUCUUCCAGAAAAGAGAUGAAAGUGGUGUUAACACUAGCUGUCGUGAAUGGAACCUUCGUUUUUUGCUGGCUUCCUCAUUUCAUUGGAAUCAUGUGUUUAACGUUCACCAGUGGCUCGUGUCCAUUCUCUGACAAUUUCUUUACCACCACCACGGUGCUGGCUAUGCUAAACAGCGGCUGCAACCCAUUUAUCUACACUCUGACAUACCGCCGGUUCAGGAAAGCGUUUAAGCAAGUGUUGCCUUUUUUUCGCUCUAACCGCUCGAGAAAUAUAGAUAGCCCUACAAAAUAG